AUGGAAUUCCCAAACAUUUACACGCACCGCAAGGUGGCCGAGACCAGUGCCAAAUCAUGCGACAUUUGCUUCAAGCUCAGCUCCAGCGUCCUGAUUACGCCCGAUUCCAAGGACUGGUUCUACGUCUGCCCCGCGCACCUCAAAGACCCUAACUUUUGCACGCCCAAGAUCGACCAGGCGGCUAUCGAGGCACGCAAAAAGAAGGAGCUAGAAGCCGAAAUUGAACGUGUUAAGAAGGAGUACGAAGAGAAGCAGAAGAAGAAGAAGGCAAAGGCAGCAGACGCUGCGGCUGGGGAGAACAACAACACAUCGGACGAUAAGAAAGUCCAAGACGGCAAGCAAAGCGAAGGCGACAAGGACAAGAAGCAGGAAGACGAGAAACAACAGGCCGAGGCUCAAGCUAAAGCAGCAUCCCCAUCAUCUCCCGUCGAGGAAGAGGAACCCCGCAUAUUUGAACUCAAGAGGACAUUUUACCAGCAACGUCUGAACAAGAAGCGACAAGUCGAGAUUGCCAAGCGCAACCGGGAGCGCAUGCGGGACCCCAACUUCUUCCCGUCAGUUCCCAAGAGUCUGCCGUCAUGA